ACUAAAAACUAAAUUCAUAAAUAUUAAUUAAUGGGUCUUAAUUAUGUAGACCCAAAUAAAAACAUCGUAUACGUGUCAAGUAACAUUGAAUCUAAUAUAAUAAUUUUGGUGUGUGUGUGUGUGUGUUCCUAAUAUUUUAGGCCAAUUAAGGCACCCACGCAAAGAGAGCGGGCCCCAUGACCAAGAGCGCCAAACCAAACCCUCCUCAUAAAUCAAAACAAGUCUUUAUUAAUGUCCCCACGCGCCCUAAAUUAAAUUCAUCCCCACCGGCACCAACCCAAUUGAUUUCCCAACAUCGCUACCGCCACCGCCACCGCCAUGUUCGUUUCCUGGCUCAGCCCCGCUUCCCUCUUCAACUCCUACCUCCGCCGUUCUUUCGGCGCCGCCGGCCUUUCCUCCCAGACUAUCCCCAUCGACGAUCAGACCACCAUCCAUUUCUGGGGCCCCAAACCCGACAGCCCACGGGCCAACCCGACAAAGCCCGCACUGGUCCUUAUCCACGGUUUCGGUCCGGCAGCCCUCUGGCAAUGGCGUCCGCAGGCGGCGGCGUUAUCUCCCCACUUCGAUCUCUACGUCCCCGACCUGGUGUUCUUUGGGGAGUCGACGACGGCGUCGGCGGAGAGGACGGAGAGGUUCCAGGCGGCGUGCGUGGGAAAGCUGAUGGAGAGGGUGGGGGUGGAGAAGUACUCGGUGGCGGGAACGAGCUACGGGGGUUUCGUGGCGUACAGGAUGGCGGAGAUGUGGGGGGAGAGGGUGGAGAAGGUGGUGGUCGCCAGCUCCGGGGUAAAUAUGGUGAGGGGGGAUGGGGAGAAGCUGCUGCGGAGGGCGGCGGCGGAGACAGUGGAGGAGUUUCUGCUGCCGCAGACGGCGGAGCAGCUCCGGGUGUUGCUUGGUUUGGCGCUCUUCAAGCGCCCCGCUGUUUUGCCGUCUUUCUUGUUGACUGAUUUCAUCCACAAACUGUACACUGAAAAUAGGAUGGAGAAGAUCGAACUUUUGAGAGAUGUAAGCUUUGGAAAGGAUGACACCCCAAAAAUAUCCCCUCUUAAACAGGAGGUACUGAUAGUGUGGGGAGAACAUGACCAAAUAUUUCUACUAGAGAUGGCAACUCAACUCAAAGAACAUAUGCAGGCUACUGGGAGAGAAGACACAAUUGGCAGUGAUGAAGAACACAUCACACAUGCCCCAAGUUGAAGACCCUGCAAACUUCAACGCCAUUGUCAAGAACUUUCUCUGUGGUUCCACAUGAUUUUUGUUUUUUUUAUCUUGCUUAGUGCUAGGUAUGUGUGUUGUAUGUGGAGUUACGUUUUAUUUGGUAAAUAUUAGAUUCUAUCUCUUUCUAUA